AACCGAAAACAGAGUAGUCAAAAAACAGAGUAAUAAGAAAAACAGAGUAUUUUCAUUUUUCUUCGGUUUCUACAUGGAUCCAUCUUUUCUUCAGUCACCGUUCUCUAGCUUCUCACCGGAAUAUUCUACCGGAUCUUCUCCGGAAUCUUUCUCCUCCUCUUCUUCUAACAACUACUCUCUUCCCUUCAACGAGAACGACUCAGAAGAAAUGUUUCUCUACGGUCUAAUCGAGCAAUCCACGCAACGAAACUUCAUCGAAUCGAAUCUUCAAGACCUUCCGGUUAAAUCCAUAAGCUCAAGAAACUCAGAGAAGUCGUACAGAGGUGUAAGACGACGGCCAUGGGGGAAAUUCGCGGCGGAGAUAAGAGAUUCGACUCGAAAAGGUAUUCGGGUUUGGCUCGGGACGUUCGAAAGCGCGGAAGAGGCGGCUCUCGCUUAUGAUCAAGCCGCUUUCUCGAUGAGAGGUUCUUCGGCGAUUCUCAAUUUUUCGCCGGAGAGAGUUCAAGAGUCGCUUUCGGAGAUGAAGUAUACCUACGAGGAUGGUUGUUCUCCGGUUGUGGCGUUGAAGAGAAAACACUCGAUGAGACGAAGAAUGACCAAUAAGAAGACGAAAGACAGUGACUUUGAUCACCGGUCCGUGAAGUUAGAUAAUGUUGUUGUCUUUGAGGAUUUGGGAGAACAGUACCUUGAGGAGCUUUUGGGUUCUUCUGAAAAUAGUGGGACUUGGUGAAAGAUUAGGAUUUGUGUUAGGGACCUUAAGUUUGUAGUGGUUGAUUAAUUUUACCCCUAAUAUGUUUUUUGUUUUUUUGUAAUUUUGCUUAAAUAUUUGAUUCUAUUGAGAAACAUCGAAAACAGUUUGUAUUUAUUUUUGUGAUACUUGAAUUUUUCAAUUUCAAGUUAGUGUAAAAGUCUUUGCCUCUUCUUAUUCAACUAGUAAGAAAACUCUCAUUUUUCU